AAAAUUAGUGAGGAAAAAAAAAUAGGGUUUUUAGGGGCUGCUGACCUGCGACUCCAUUUACUCUAGAACCCUCUUUCCUUCGUCUAUCGAUACCAGUUAAGCUCAUACAUUCGAAGACGACAUCAAAGCAGUACUUUCUUUACUUCAGCAAUGGCGACCGUCAUGCAAAAAAUCAAAGAUAUCGAAGAUGAGAUGGCAAAGACCCAAAAGAAUAAAGCAACAGCACAUCAUUUGGGCUUGUUGAAGGCUAAGCUUGCAAAAUUGAGAAGGGAGCUUCUAACACCUACAACAAAGGGAGGUGGUGGAGCUGGUGAAGGUUUUGAUGUUACAAAAAGUGGAGAUGCAAGGGUUGGUCUUGUGGGUUUUCCUUCUGUUGGAAAAUCAACCCUUUUAAAUAAGUUAACUGGGACUUUUUCAGAGGUUGCUUCAUAUGAGUUUACCACUCUCACAUGCAUUCCAGGUGUUAUUACAUAUCGAGGAGCUAAAAUUCAGUUGUUGGAUCUUCCUGGUAUUAUUGAAGGUGCUAAGGAUGGAAAGGGUAGAGGAAGGCAGGUUAUCAGCACUGCAAGGACAUGCAACUGUAUUCUGAUUGUGCUGGAUGCAAUUAAGCCAAUAACCCACAAACGUCUCAUUGAAAAAGAGCUUGAAGGAUUUGGCAUUAGGUUAAAUAAAGAGCCCCCAAAUCUAACAUUCAGGAAAAAAGAAAAGGGUGGCAUUAAUUUCACAUCAACAGUUGCUAACACACAUCUAGACCUUGAAACAGUAAAGGCAAUAUGUAGUGAAUACAAAAUACAUAAUGCUGAUGUCACCCUUAGGUUUGAUGCAACAGCUGAUGACCUCAUCGAUGUGAUCGAAGGUAGUAGAAUAUACACUCCUUGCAUCUAUGUUGUCAACAAAAUAGAUCAAAUCACACUUGAAGAGCUUCAGAUCUUGGAUAAACUUCCUCACUAUUGUCCUGUUAGUGCUCAUUUGGAAUGGAAUCUUGAUGGUUUGCUUGAGAUGAUAUGGGAGUAUCUGAGUUUGACCCGUAUUUAUACAAAACCCAAAGGAAUGAAUCCGGAUUAUGAAGACCCUGUGAUUCUUUCUUCUAAAAGAAAAACUGUUGAGGAUUUUUGCUUCAGGAUUCAUAAGGACAUGCUUAAGCAGUUUAAGUAUGCACUGGUGUGGGGUUCUAGUGCAAAACACAAGCCACAAAGGGUUGGGAAGGAACAUGAGCUUGAAGAUGAAGAUGUUGUGCAGAUCAUUAAGAAAGUGUGAGUUUAAAUUAUUUAAAAAAAAAAAAAAAAAAAGAAGAAAACAAACUAAAUUUUGUU